GCAACCGCGCCCCCCCGGCCGCCCCGGCGCCCGCCGCGCCCGCGGUGCCCGCCGGGAGCCGCUACUCCGCGCGCCUGGUCGGCCACGAGGUCGUCGACGGCGAGGGGCUGUUCACCUUCGCUGUCUAUCCGCCGGACGCAAGCGAAUGGCCAGGGCAGCACGUCGCGAGAUCCUUCGGCGGCUUCCAGGAGCUGGACAAUGCCAUGGCGCAGAAGUACCGCGGUCAGGCGCCCGCUCUGCCGCCCUCCACCUUCUUCGCCUGCACCGACCCCGCAUUCCUGGACGAGCGCGCGGCCGCCCUGGAGGCGUACCUCGAGGGGGUCCUGGCCCUGGAGCCCACGCCGCGCACAAAGGCCCUGCAGCGCUUCCUGAACGUGUGGCGGCCGCCGGGCCCCGAGGCCGGGAGCCAGAGCAGCUCGGGGCCGCUCGUGGCCUCGGGCCGGCGGCUCCCGACCAGCGUGGUCGGCCUCGCGCUCGCGUUCGGGGAGGCCCCGUGGGUGCUGCGGGAGUGCAGCGCCGUCUGCCGCGCCGCGCGCGCCGCCACGCGCGACGCGGCCUGCUGGCCCUCGCUGCGCUUCCGGGCCUCGAGGGCCGAGCGCUGGCUCGAGGGGCUCUUCUCGCUGCUGGUGCCGACCUGCGGCCAGCUGCAGGCGCUGUCCCUGGACCUCGCCUUCGAGGACCCGCGCCUGGGUUCGCAUGUGGCCCCCUACCUGCCCGCGGGGGUCGCGCUGGGGCAGCUGCGGAGGCUGGAGCUGCGGCUCUGGGACGAGGAGGCCGUGGGCGUCGGCACGGAGAUCCUGGAGUGCGUGGCGUCGCCGAGGCUGCAGCGGAUCUCGGUCGAGGGGCUCCGCCCGUGUCAGCAGCGGGACCAGGAUCGACGACGAGACCGCGCAUCCCAAGAGCUUGCAGUCGAGGCCCUGCUUCAGGCGCUGUGCGGGGCGUCGCUGGCUGCCCGCGGAUGCCUCUCGGGGCUGCGCCUUUCGUGGGCGCCAGACCUGCAGGGCUCCGUCUUCGUGCACGAGGGCGCCGCGCUGGCCUUGGGGCCGAUCCUCGACUCCGCGCCACGGCUCGAGUUCGUCGAGAUCGGCGCCGCCGCGAGCGGCCCCGGGCGCGGCAUCGCGGGCCGCAUGUCGCCCCUGCAGCCUCCCCGCGCGGCUGUCCCUGGCACGCAGCCGCUGCUCGCGGACAUGGCCGGACUCGCGGCCCUGCAGCACGUCACGUUCGGCUUCCUCUCCGACGACGCGCUCUUCUGCGUUGCCGAGCUGGCGGACGCGUCGCUGCGCUGGCGGAGGGUAAGCCUCUGGGGCGGCAAGAGGUGCAUCGAGGACCCGGACCAGGCGCUGAGCACGCUGCUGUCGAAGCUGGGCGAUGAGCUCGAGGAGUUCGCUCUGCGCGUGGAGCACGAGGCCGCGCUGCGGCCGUUCCUCCGUGGCGUGCUCCGCAACCGUGUUGGGCCGCUGCCCAAAGAGUGGCAGCUGCACCCGUCCCUGCGCUCCUUGUCGCUGAACUGGACGGCCUUCGACGACGCCGGGGUCGCCUGCAUCGCGCAGAGCUGCCCGGAGCUCCACACCUUGCUGCUGGACCGCAGCGAGUACUGGACAGACCGCGUCAUGGCGGAGGUCCUGGAGCACCUCCCAGGGCUGCGGCACUUUCGGGUGCGCGCGUCCACGAUGCUGUCCGAUCGGUCCCUUUACACGUUGAUGGAAGCCGCGCACCGGUUCACCACCCUGGAGAUCGAGCGGUCCUAUUCCAUGUCGCAUUAUGCUCUCGCGCAGCUGGGCGAGAGGAUGAGCCGGGAGACGGACGGGGGUCUGGACAUUGGCCCGUCGGACUCGUUGGGCCUGGGCCUCAUGUCCUUCUCCCAGGGCUCGGCCGGGGCGAGCGUCGUGAGAGCGAUGGCGGCCAUGUCGGGCGAGCCCGACCCCUUUGGGCGCCAGGACGGGGACGGCGACGCUCCGUCCAGAGGUCACGGCCUCCUCCGGGUCCUCGGGCCCGAGGAGGACGAGGACGACGACGGCCGGGCGGCCGUCGCGCCCGCGGUGCGGCAGCACAGCGUCGCGGUGGGUCGCUGA